GCAGAAUGAAGUCCUGUGGAGAGAGGUGGUCUCACUGAGACAGAAUCACACACAACAGCAGAAAGUCAUGAACAAGCUGAUUCAGUUUCUGUUCAGCCAGAUGCAGUCCAAUACACCCAGCACUGUGUGCCUGAAGAGAAAGCUGCCCUUGAUGUUGGACGAGGGCUCUCCCAGCCCUCCUGCCUCCAAGUUCAGCCAUAAUCACCCAAUGGAGUCCAUGCAUGAGCCCUUCUACAUCCAGUCGCCAUCCAAUGAUACUGCUUCCUGCUCUGCUAGUGGGCUGACAGGAGGACCAAUCAUAUCUGAUGUUACUGAUAUGUCUCAGGCCAGUAUGGCCCUCCAGAUGCAACCUGAAGAGGCCAGGUGA